GUUAGAAAUAGUAAUAUAUUAAAUUAACGUUAGCCGGUUGUUUUUAAUGAAUAGUGCCCCGGCUUAAUGAAUAUUUUUCUAGUCUUUAGUGGUAUUACCAAGAAGGCCGUCGUAGUUAUUUAGGAUAACAUCAACGGAUGGAGAGAGACCGAGGCUUUAACUUCAAACUGUUGGUGCCUCCGAGGGUGAAUACCGGACAGAUAUCCGCGGUUAGACCUCAGCGUGUUGUUGAAAACUGUGGCGAUUUCAUGACUUCAAUGCAGCAGGGUCUCACUGAAUGCUUUGACAUGCCGUUGCCCAAUACAAGUGUGGUGGCACCAACUAAACCAGUCAGGCCAGACUUUCCCAAGAUGAAAGUUGUCCCACCAAUGGAAAAGGGCGAGAAUAAUUGCAAUCCUGGUCAGCUGUAUUCCAAGCUGUUUGAUGAAGUUGAGAAAAUUAAGUGUUGGAAAACCAAAGUCGAUUGUGACACUGUGCAAAAGGAAAGGAGGCUCCAGGAUAACAAGAGAACAAUUGAAACUCAACGCAAAGCCAUUCAGGAGUUGCAGUUUGGAAAUGAAAGUCUCAGCAUAAAGCUGGAGGAGCAGAUCAGUGAAAAUGAGGAUCUAAGGAACAAAAACAAUGCAACAAGGAACUUGUGUAAUAUACUUAAAGAUACUUUCCAGUGGUCAGCAGACAAAAUGCAUUUAUUUGAAUCUGAAAGAGAAGAAACACAUCACCUAUUUCUGGAAAACAGUGAGAAUGUUAAGAAAAUGAUUGCAGCAUUUGAAAGCCUUCGUAUUCGAGUUGAAGCCGAUCAACAAGAGAUGCAGAAAGUCAAAGAAGAAAUGCUACAAUUUGAAGGACUAACAGAGAAAUACCACCAAGCAAAUAAGAUGAAAGAUGAAGAAGUUGUAGUGCUUCAAACUAAACUUAAGGAUAAGGAAAAUAAACUACAAAAACUCCAGCUUGACCUUGAUGACGCUCACAAGAACUACAAACAACUUCAAGAGGCAUCAGAACAACAGUUUGAACUUCUCAAAAACUUGACAACUGAAAAUGAAUCCCUUCUGCAAAAGCUGAAUGCUGCUGAGGAGCACUGCAAAGAAACAGUGAAAAAUCAAGAAACUAUUGCUGCAGCCCUGGAACAAAGUAAAACACAAUAUGCAAAGACCAUCGAAGACAAAGACCUCAGCUUGCAGGAACUCAACAGAGUUAAAAGUCAACAAGCAGAGAAGCUGGAGCAGCUUCAGUCAACUAUUCAGGAUCAAAACAAUUCAUUGGCGUUAGAGAUACACAGGGCCCAAGAACUUGAGGAAAAACUCUUGUCAAAAAACAAUGAGCUUGAAAGGAGGAAUAUACUAUUAGGAGAGACCAUGGAGCAAGUUGCACAGAAGGAUGGGCUGAUCAAAACUCUUGAAGAUGAAUUGGAAAUAAAAUCAAAGUCCAUUGAGUCCAUGAAGGGUAAGACUGAUGUCAGUGAAGCCAAAGCGGAGGAACUUGUAGCUGAACUUUCAAGGAAAACUGAAGAAGUCCAGUCAUUUAAGAUCAAAGUGCAGAAGCUGGAAGAACAGUUAUUUGCUGAAAUAAAGCAAAAUAAAGAAAGGACUGUUCAGGUCGAGCAACUGAGGAAAGACAUCCUGCAGCAUGAAGCAAAGUAUGAAGAGCUGUUAUUGAACUUUAAUGAUGUGCAGUCUGAGAAGAUAGCCAUUCAACAGCAGUUUGAAAAUGGAGACUCUAAUAUGAAAGCCAUCGAGACAAACAUAAAGGUGAGUGAAGAGAAGGCAGUAAAACUCACAGCAGAAAUCCAAAGACUGGAAGAUGAAAACCGGUCUUUACGUGGGGAAGUACAGUCCAUAAAAAACAGAGUUCAAAGGAAAUGUCAAGAAACUGAAACUCUGCAGAAAAAGAUUGAUGAAAAUUGUGAGCACCUGCAGGAGAAAAUCUCAGAAAAGGAAAAACAUAUAAAAUCUGUGGAAACAAAGCUGUGUAACCUCAGGAAAAAAUUUGAAAUUAAAUUUAAAGCCCAAGAGGAGUACAAGAAAGAGAAUAAAAUACUUAAGAAACAAAUACAAAAGGAGAUUGAAAAAUCCAGCGACCUUGAAAAGAUGAUCAACUGUCUGCACGAGGAGUCCCAGAACCUUAAAAGCCUAAAAGAGAAAGACCAUCCGAAAUUACUUGAAGAACUUGAGUCAAAAUCCACCUUCGCAGCAGAGCUUGAAAAUGAGGUAAAAAAGCUCAGAAUGACAGCGGAAGAGUCCAUUAAGAUAAAGGAAGACACAGAACUAAAGUGUCAACACAAGAUAGCAGAUAUGGUCGCACUGAUGGAAAAACACAAAAGCCAGUAUGACCGAAUGGUUGAAGAAAAGGAUGCGGAACUUGAUGAGAAGAAGAAAAAAGAAAUGGCGAUGGUUGCUGACGUGAAAUCACUGGCGUUGGAUCUCUCAAAAUAUGAGGCAGAAAAUGAUCAGCUGAAGAAACAGCUGAAGACAGAAACAACAAAGACGGAAGACCUGCAGAAGCAACUGAAUGAUUUCAAGAUAGAAAUGUCUGCGGUGAAAGUUGCUCAGCCGUUACAGGAAAAGAACAAGGAGUCAACUUCCUCAAAUAAUAAGCAAGGUAGAAGUUCUGAGACCCCACAGGGGAAGUCUUCAAAGGGUCGUGUGUUUGACCUCUCCAAGACCAGGACAGCUUCAUCCCACAGCAAGGAAGAUGGGAGAAAACCAUGUGGAACAACACUAAAGACAAAGCACACUGAAAAUGAAGUUAUGAAAACCCCUGGAAAUAUUACAAGCAGGAUUGUGGGAACAUCAAAGAUCAAAUCCUACAGAAUAAGGACACCCCCUUCUGCUGAAAAGGCAGCGCAGUGGGAAAAAAGUACCGUUGAGCUUGACCCCAGGUCUGACAGCUCUGAUCAAAACGAUAUCUUGACCUUUGCAAAUGUACCUGAAUCCACUUUUUCUGCUCCACUCCGGAAACUCGACAUCUUCAAAAGGGUUCAGAGCCCUGUCCGUCAUAAAUCACCAGGAAACUCUCUGAAGCUGGCUGCAAUGAAACGGAUGAGGGAUGCUGGUUGGACUGCAGUUACUGGCUGUGACAAAAAGAAGAAGAAGACCAUUGAAAAGAUCUUUGCAUAAGUAUUGCUAUUCCAGGUCAGAUUAACAGUAAUGAUAAUAUUAGACAGGUGUUGAUCUUAAUGGUUUAAUGUUCAAAAAACAUACAAAAACAUUAAUCAUUUCUUCGUUAACAUGCAUAGCUAUUAUUUCUGUGAGGGAGAUCAGCUUCUGCACAACAACGAUUUCAGUGUUUACAUUUCAACUUAUUAUUCAACUUAAUAUUCCAAGUUCUUUUCAGGUUUUUGGUUCAGUUUUGAGCUUCACAUACUCUGCAUGAAAUUCUGUUUGCUGUAGUGCCGUUGUAUGGAUUAACUUUUAAUGGUGUUCUGAUGAAAUGAGUUCAUAAGUUCAUUCCACACAAGUUCAUUUUGUUUUGCUAAUUAAAUACAUGUGUUCCAGUUUUGAGAAUUCUACAAGUAAAUGCAAAGUUCGGAUCAGGCA